AUGCCUCAACGACCAGGACGUCGCCGAGCGAUGUACAACACUCCCCAAAUCCGCAAUGGCGGCUUCGGCGCCCUCCAAGUCGAAGCAGUCACCAAUCGCCCUCUCUCAAUCGCUCGCCGCCACCUCGCAGCAUCUCAACUCCGCAUGCGCGACAUCGAACCCGACGAGUUGAGCAGCAGUGAAUGGGUCCGCUUCCUCGUCAUGGAAGGCGCAGAACGCGAUCGAUUCAUCUCAGACUUCGCCCGCCGCCGCCGCGAUAGCAGCGGCUCUGCAUCUUCUUCCUCUUCCAACGAAGAAUACCCCUUCUCCCAAGAUCGCCAGACACAAUACGACAAAGCAGAAGAAGCACGGCUAGAGGCUGAGGAGGCGAGGCGGGAAGGCAUUGCAGUGCCUACGCCUGUUGCGCCGGCUCCUGCGCCAGCGUUCCCAGCGAGAGGUAGUACACCAUUUGUGAGCAUGUGGGUGAGACACCUUGAUGAGUUGGAGCGGAACGAGAGGACGGAUACUGAGCCGACGACGUACAAUGCUAUGAGGCCGAUGCAUGCGAGGAGGGGUGUGGAUGAUACGGACGCACCGCCUGCGUAUCAUUCGGUGGUGAGGCCUGGGACGCCGCCGCCGGCUUAUGAGCCGAGGAGUGGGGAUGAAAGCGAGGGCAGAAGGAGAAGGCCGAACAGGUUGAGGAGGUGGAGCAGUAACAUGUUGCUGAACAGAUUGAGUCCGAGCAGAGACUGA